AUGUCUCAUAAGCGCAGCAGAGAAGAAUCUCCGGACGGGACAAUUGGGAGAAAGAAGACGAAACUUAAUAACAUCACCCGUCUAGUAUUAGAUCUCCAUGACACAGAUGAUGGCUCAGCACAGAUGACUUUGCAUUUAUUAGAGACCUCGGCGAUGAUGGAUGGUUCCAAACCUAAGGUCUCUAAGGUUUUUAAGCCAAAAAUGAGGACUCCUAUUGGCGAUGUUAUGGAACAUGUGGUGACAAAAGUAGAAAGUUUACAUCUAACGAAAUCGAGAUCCUCAGCGGGGAUAGAAGUAACUUACACUGAGGUUCCCAAACUGCCCGAAUACGUAGCCACCCACGGGUUAACGAGACAGGCCUGGGAAAAACUGGAAGCUUCCCGAAAGCGAGUGCCACGAUUUCUCUUCAGAUGUUUCGGCCGCUAUUCUGGGGGUGACACUAAGUUGAAUACCACAAGCGGGAUUAUCCCACGAGGAUUUCUUAACGGCAGCAAACCAACUAAUAUGUAUAUGAUCAAAGAUCUCAAGAGGAUGAUCAUCGAUCACCUGAGCUUUUCAACUACUGAGACUCAAUUCAGUUCAUGGGCAGCCACCACACACUACGCCGAAGCACACGCCAGUGAUGCAACUUACAUCGCAAUCAUUGAUAGGACAUUGCUAGCUCCACACGUCAAGAUCUACCAUUUCCCUGAGUUAAGAGAAGCCGGCCUUUGCGAUGGACCCGAUGGUAAGCCUGCCAUAGUGGGGUGCAAUGGCGAAUACCUAGCAUACGGCCCAAUCGAGGGUUCUGCAUUUCAUUGUGUGAGCAAUGAUUAUGAUAAGUUCGCGCGCCUAUACGAACCGCUUUUGCAUGUGCACCCCACUAGCAUUGUCUAUAGAGCAAGACGGAUAGCAGAAAUCUUUCGUCUUGGUAACGAUGACCGACCAGAUAUCGUUAUAGCGCUCACAGUUCUCUUCUCGUGCUCACAUUUUCGCAAUUUUACGAUGGAGCGAGCUAAGAUAUUAGACAAGAAUCUAUUCGUGGCGGUCGUCUCACUUAUUCGCAGUGAGCUAAGAAGACUGAAACUGCCCCCUGCUGGCUCUAACGAUCUUACUCCCAUCAACCCUGAGAUGUAUAUAGGGCCUGAUAUUUAUGCAAUGCAUCUAGAGCAAACAGUCGUUCUGUGGAAGUGCAUCGAAGAAAGACUUAGAUUGGGCGAUAUAUAG